CCGCCAACGCCACCGAAAAAUUGCAUUCACUCUCCCCGACGCAGUGGUGCGUUUUGUGGCGAUGCAGCAAUCGGCCCUUCUGGCCCCGUAAGGUAUGAGAAUCGAUCGGUGAGGGAACUCGGGGGCUGCUGGGCUUGUUUUACGUGCCAUUUAAUUGCCUUCCCGCUGGCUGGCAGGCGGGUGAACCCGGGGUAAAAAGUGAACCCGCUUUCCCGGUUUUGUGGAGGACGUGGACCGCGUGGACGUGUGCGUGUGGAGACGAAAAAAGGAUAACGGACUGCGGUGAGUGGGCCUUCGCCGCCGGCACAGGCGCAACACGGAGCAGCGCGGUGGUGGCGUGUAUGUGUGUGAACGUGCGGUGGUGGUGUUGGGUUCACGCCUGCAACUGCUCGGGUUCGCCCUCGCUCCGGGGUGGCUCGCUUCCUGGAUGCGUACGUGGCCACCGCCAGUAGUGGUGUCCCACACCAGCCAACCAGUCCACUGACUCCCGAGCGUCCCGAGUGUCCUUGCGGCAGGAGCAAACAACCUUCGUGAAGAGGUGGCGAGGGUAAGGGAGGAAGAAGAGAGAGAGGGAAGGGGGAGGGAGAAAUCACUCUGGUCCCCUUUGCGUGGGUGCGGUGGCAAGCGAUGGAAAAGAGUUCAGGAAAAAGCCCAAAAAGCAGCCUCUGGUUGUGACACUCGUGUGCCCAUUUAUGCGUGCGUGACGACACUAAUUUGAGCAAGAAAAAGAAAAAGAAUAAGAAGAAAACCCAGAAGGGAAAAAAGUGCUAGCCUUCUUGAUAUCGUGGCCGCUGAAAAUCAGCUGCGAAAAAUAUUACCAAAAACAUCCGGAACGCAGCAGGCGGUGCAACAACAACGCCCUUUGGCAGGAAAAAGCGAAAAAAGAACCGCUUGCGAAACGUUCCCCAGUGCGUGAUACUACGGUAAGCCGUAGUGAAGGAAAAACUCCGUCCCGUCCCCCUCAAGGGAGUGGGAAAACGCAGGAGCAAACGAAGAAGAAGUAGAAGCAGAAGGAGAAAAAGAACAAACCACCUACUACUACGCCGUACGCAAUGAACUUUUCACCCUUCGGGACACACUUUCCCGGUACGAUACCGGGAAUCCACCAGUUCGCCAGCUCGGGUCUGGUGUCAGGCGUCCCGACGACCUCGCACGACUCCAGCAAUCGGUACCAUUCCAUCAACUCGAACGUCAACAUGGCCCACUUCAACCAGAGCCAUGCCCCCAUUCUCGGCAAGUUCCACCGGGACAGCCAGGACACCGGUAACAACGCCAGCGGGGGCGGUGGAGGAGGUGGUGGUGGCGGAGGCGGAUCGAAUAAGUACAACGGGCAUUCGGCGGCGGGUUCGGGCAACUCGGCGGUACCGACAACGACCUCGACGGGUGGUGGAAGUGGCGGGGCAGCAGGCCAGUACUCGAACCCGUACAGUCAGCAUUCGCACGUGGCUGAUCAUAAGCAGCGCAACAUGUACCACCAGUCGUCGGUGGGCAGCAGUUCGACGGGGGCCAGCAACGGGCAGAGUGCGCAGGAACUCAGUCAGGACAUUAGUGCGCUGUUGCAGCAGGCGGACAGCAAGCGGGUGUUGCAGAAUCCUAGCUGGCAAUCGUUGGCACCGGGUGCGUCCGUUGCCGACUACCUAUCGCACCUGCCGGGUAGUGCGUUGCCACUUUCGCUGCAUCACUUCCUGAAGUACUCGGCCGAGAACAUCAAAAAGGAGGCACAGAAUCCGCUCUCCAGUCUCGACAUGUCGCAAGCGCAAUCGCAGGCACACGGGGGUGGUCAUGGGGGCAACAACGUGGCCGGGAUGAUCCUGCCUGCGUCCCAGACCAUCGCUAGUAUCCUGGGACAUCCGGAACAGCAUCAACACGGACAGCAGGUUGGAGCGCAUCAGGGUGUGCAGGCGGCAGCGGCCACCUCCUCGACGGCAAAUGCGGCUGCUGCUGGGGCGGAUAAGAAAAAGAAGAAGAAGAAAAAGAAGCCCCCGAAGGAGCGUAAACCGCGCCCGAAACCGGGUGAGAUCCAGGUCCGUACGGCACUGGACGGUAGCCUGCUGUUCCUGUGCCCCGAGUGUCAGAUGGCGUACCCGGAGCGGGAACUGUUGGAGCAGCACCUGAUCGGGCACAACCUGGAGCGUCGGUUCAUCUGCGACAUCUGUAACGCGGCACUCAAGCGUAAGGAUCACCUGACACGCCACAAGCAGAGCCACAAUCCGGAGCGUCCGUUCGCGUGCACCAUCUGCCUGAAGGCGUUUAAGCGCAAGGAGCAACUGACGUUGCACUUCGUCAUCCACUCUGGCGAGAAGCGGCACGUGUGCCAGGAGUGCGGCAAAGGAUUCUACCGGAAGGAUCAUCUGCGGAAGCACACACGUUCGCACAUCGCGCGUCGGCUGAAGGCGGAACUGAGCCAGCAACAGGGCGUCAAUGGAAGCGAUGCUGGAGCGACAACCAGCACGUCCCGAGCUGGUCAAAGCCAGCCGCAAACCAGCUCUGCUGCUCAGCAACAACAGCAGCAACCGACACCGCAGCAGUCCCAGCUGACGCAGUUGACGCAGCUGACCGCGGCCGGACAACAACUGCAACCGCCCCAGUAUCACUCCCUCACGCAAGCACCCGGUCAGUCGCAGAUGAUGUCGUAAAGACGAGGAUCGGGGGCUUAGGACGUAGCUUAGGAAUAAUUUAAUUUCCCCACAAAGGCGGUGGCUACGCAAGCAAACAAACAAAACCAGAACGAAUCAAACACCGCACCGUAACACUUAAGGGAUACUUUAAAAAUCGCUAAUCAAAUAAUCAUCCCCCCCGAUCCGCGAGCCCAGGGUGGCCAACGGACGGGGGUGCAUUUUGUGCAAUUGUGUCGUGAGAUAGUAUCAUGCGUAUCGUUUUAUGUUUCCG